GGCAUUCGCGCCGCCGCCCUCCCGCGGUGGGCCCAGGUCGGGCAGGGCCGGGCACAGCCGGGGCGGCCCCGGCGUCUGACAGGCUGGGGUGGAGCCGGGGGAGGGGGAGGAUGGGCGUGGGAGUGCAGACCCGGGUGUCAGUCCCGCGUCGCGGUCUCGCAGAACGGCUUCUAAAUUUAGAUUUCUGAGAAGACUGUGUCGUCUGAGGGUUUGUCUGAGCCGCCUCGGAAGACCUCUGGCUUUUGUCGAUAAUUCCUGGGAAUCUACCUGUGCUCAUACUUGAAGAAGCCAAAAGGACCAUCUCGAUAAAAAUCACUGGGAUUCAGGAGAGUUUACUUUGCUCCGUGGGAACUGCACCAGAGCUGGAGAUAUGAUAGAAGACUGCCCGAAAGCUGCUUCCUUUGCCACUUCCUGUGGAGGCCUGUCUUUGCCAUUUGCGGUUUCUUUCUUCUUUUGGUAAGGGGAGGCAGGAUCUGAUUACAGGUCUGAGGUCCUUUCUAGCUACACUGAGGAGUUAGUUGGCAUAACUGGAGAUGAGUCUUCACUAACUGCAGUGCCAAGUGUAGUUAGCGGUGCCUCUCAUAAGGCCUUGUAAGGCAUUGAACUACUUGUUUAUUCAAUAUAAGUACAGUUUGAAAGUGCAGGAACUGAAAGAAAACUUAGAGGGUGAUCAGAUCCAUAUUCUUGUCUUUGGUAGGAAAGACAAUCUCUCUUUUUAAUCUGUUUAUUCACUGUGCUUUCAUAGAAAAUUUCACAGUUUUCACUACUAAUCCAUUUCAGACUCUCUAACAACACUUACUGCUGGGAAAGUCUUUCUUAAAAACUAACCAGGAACCUCCAGGCUCAGGUAUCUGUUCCCUCCAAUUUCAGGGAAGCAGAUGCAGGUCUCUGCAGCACUUCUCAUUUGGGGAGCUUUUCUCUUUGUUCUUCCCACUGAUCUCUUGCUACAUAGAGGCUGAAUUGAAAGGAGGCACUAAAGUUAUUAAAUUUGACCGCCACUCCAAAGCAUAUGAGCAGGGCCAGAUUGAUGUUCUACACUGGGGUGUUGAAUUAGCAACAGUGUGGAUGGCAUCUGGCUGUUCUGGUGAGAGCUCAUCUUCAACAUUGGAAGCUUAAUUGGUUUUAGUGCCCUGUCAUCCACAGUGCUCAACACUGUGCGUACCCCACUAGAUAAAGGCUCUAUUUUCCAUGUUGAUGUCAUUUAUAGAUGCCUAAAAUUUUGAGACAUUUCCUGUCUCACAGGGAUGGGAUGCUUUGUCACCUCCAGACAAGAUAACUUUUGGGAAAAAACGUCUGGAGGCUCCCAUUUGUGCAGAUUGCAGGGCCUGACUUCCAGUGGGCGUGUAAUACGUGAGCUGCCACCCCCUUUUGCUUCCUUUUGCAUUCACAGGGGUUAUCCCUUUGAGCCUGCAGUGCUUCUGAAGCUGUUUUUUUGCUUCCUUUUCUAUCCUCUGAUCUUGAUCAUGAUCACUUAAUAGUAUUCUGGAUUCCACAGAUAGAUUUAGAGUGAAAUUCUCUAAAUUCUUUGAAGGAGUCUCCUCUUAAACUUCUUGGGAUCUUGAUGUUGUGCUAGAGAUCUAUUCAUUUCUUUCUUUUUAAAAUUCUAUUAUUUAUAACUGGUGAGUUUUAUACGCUUAAUAACUAUUUUUUAAAGUCUUCUUUUAUCUUUAAUUUUGUCUGUUUCUGGCAGAAAUGACAUGUGCUAACAAUAUCCUUUUUAUUAUAGGUCAGCAUCCUACAAGGAGGUAGUAACAUAUCCAGUUGUGAAACUGGGAAAGGCCAGAGCUCUCGGAUCAGGGAAACAUGUCCCGUCGGAAACAGACAAAUCCGAAUAAAGUUCACUGGGAUCAAGUAUUUGCUGGGCUAGAAGAGCAAGCCCGCCAGGCGAUGAUGAAAACUGAUUUUCCUGGAGACCUUGGCAGUCAGCGACAAGCUAUCCAACAACUAAGAGAUCAGGACUCCAGUAGCAGUGACAGUGAGGGUGAUGAAGAGGAGACCACACAAGAUGAAGUUUCUUCCCACACAUCAGAGGAAGAUGGAGGGGUGGUCAAAGUGGAAAAAGAGUUAGAAAAUACGGAACAGCCUGUUGGUGGGAAUGAAGUGGCAGAGCACGAGGUCACAGGGAACUUGAAUUCUGACCCCUUACUUGGACUUUGCCAGUGUCCCCUCUGCCAGCUAGACUGUGGGAGUCGGGAGCAGCUGAUUGCUCAUGUGUACCAGCACACUGCGGCAGUGGUAAGCGCCAAGAGCUACAUGUGUCCUGUCUGUGGCCGGGCCCUAAGCUCCCCGGGGUCCUUGGGUCGUCAUCUCCUAAUCCACUCGGAGGACCAGAGGUCUAACUGUGCUGUGUGUGGAGCCCGUUUUACCAGCCAUGCCACGUUUAACAGUGAGAAACUCCCUGAAGUACUUAAUAUGGAAUCCCUACCCCCAGCCCAUAGUGAGGGUCCCUCCAGCGCUGAGGGAAAGGACAUUGCCUUUAGCCCUCCCGUGUACCCUGCUGGAAUUCUGCUUGUGUGCAACAAUUGUGCUGCCUACCGGAAGCUACUGGAAGCACAGACCCCCAGCGUUCGCAAGUGGGCCCUACGCCGACAGAAUGAGCCGUUGGAAGUACGGCUGCAGCGUCUGGAACGAGAGCGCACAGCCAAGAAAAGUCGGCGGGACAAUGAGACCCCAGAGGAGCGGGAAGUAAGGCGCAUGAGGGACCGCGAAGCCAAACGCCUGCAGCGCAUGCAGGAGACAGACGAGCAGCGGGCGCGCCGGCUGCAGCGGGAUCGGGAGGCUAUGAGGCUGAAGCGGGCCAAUGAAACCCCAGAGAAGAGGCAGGCCCGCCUCAUCCGGGAGCGGGAAGCCAAGCGGCUCAAGAGGAGGCUGGAGAAAAUGGACAUGAUGUUGCGAGCUCAGUUUGGCCAGGACCCUUCUGCCAUGGCAGCCUUAGCAGCCGAAAUGAACUUCUUCCAGCUACCUGUGAGUGGGGUGGAGUUGGACAGCCAGCUCCUGGGCAAGAUGGCCUUUGAAGAGCAGAACAGUGGGUCUCUGCACUGAACCUGCCUGCCCUCCUGCUCACCCAGGUCCACAGGGAUCUGUGCUGCAGCCAACUCACAAGGCCUUGUCCUUACUGCCAGAGGAAGGCCUGGGUUUGCUGCAGGUGGACCUAAAGCACCUCUUGCAUGUGGGAGCAGGAUGAUGGGGUCAGCAGGGAGCCAGAUUAAGGCAGCUCUGGACGAGGGAGUAGGCACUCCAGGGAACUGGACUCCCAGCCCACUGCUGCAGGGCAUGCUUAUAGGACUAUGGGGCCCAGUGCGGCCCACGGAGUUGUGAGGGCAAAUAAAUUAAUUUUAUCUUUACUGGC